AUGGACGUGCUUCAGGCGUUCGAAUACCUUCUCGACGCUGGUGCCCUGGACUCCAGAUGCCGCGAGCUUGCGCUGGAGCAUAUUCCCAUCUACGCGCCCUUCCACCCGAAGAUGAUUAGCGACACAAUCUUGGUCCUCCUGCGCAUUGCCAACGAACACCUUCCUGGAUCGACCGCAGACGAUCGACGGAAGGAGACGGCACAAGCGGCAGAGGCAAUAGUGAAGGUCGCCGUGAGCCUGCCCGAAGCGGUGCCCAAUGCCAUUGACGCCAUCCUCGAGAUAAAGUCGCAGGCGCCGAGCGUGUGCAACUCUGGUGUGCUCACCUACAACCUCGCCAAGAGCAACGACCACAGCUUUCAAGCCGUGAUCCAUGCCCUGGUGCAGCGAGCACUUGCUGGCUCUGGGUCGCCUGAGGCCAUCGUAUUGCUCCAGGAAAUGCUGGUGGUGACGAAGAAGCAUAACAAAAAUUGGUGGGACGCCGUGAGGGAGUCGCUCGAAGUCGAGCUGCAGAAAAAAUGGGAGCAGAUGUCGGCCGAAGUGCGUGUGGCCGCUCAGCGUCUGCUGCAGGACUUUCGCGAGGGUGACAAUGGCAAUGGCAACAGUAGCGGCGCCGACAGCCGCGACCACGACGACGAGUUGUCGAGCAGACGAAGGGAGCGCUCCGUCAAGCGCAGGUCCAGGGACAGAAAGCGCAAGUCUCGGGACAACGACCGAAAUAGGGACAGAGGUCCCGAUCGCCGCCGCCACCGCCCUCGAAAUCGCAGCAAGAGUCGCGAACUCAACGGCGGCCCAGGGCGCAACAAGAACUUCCCGCCCUCGCGCCACCUCUGGGUGGGCAACGCCGACCGUUUCACCGAUCGUGACCUCAGGACAGCGUUCGGGGCCUUUGGCGACAUCGAGAGUGUGGAGCUAUUGCCCACUAAGGCGUACGGCUUUGUCAACUUCUACGCCAAGGAAUCCGCCGUGCAGGCCAAGGAGAAGCUCCACGGGGUGAUGCUCAAGGGGUGUCGCCUCCUCGUGCACUACGGCGAAACGCGCCCGUCCCGCUUUGUGUGGGCCGGACCCCUCACGCCGGACAUCAGCCUCGAGAAGCUCAACCAGACCUUCAGCGCCUACGGAGCUGUUCGCAACAUCGCCUUCAUUCCCGCGAGCGAUUACGCGGUGGUGGAGUUCCAGAUCUUGCAGGAGGCGGUGCAGGCCAAGAAGCGCCUCAACGGCCGCAUGAUCGAGAAUUGUUGUCUCACGGUGGGCUAUGGCGAGUAUCCCGAGGGGCAUCGGCCUGAUCGUCCCGCCGGCGGGCGCGCACCUCGCUCGGCAAGCUCCGAGCCCCAUCGCGGCUCGCGCAAACGCAAGCGCCGCCACAGCGCCAGCCCAGGCGAUCGCCGCUCCAAGCGCUCCAGAUCACAAAGCAGCUGCAGCCUGGAGCGAGAGCGGAGUAAGCGGAGCAGAGGUUUCGGAGAGGCGCCAACCGAGACGAGGCACCUCAAGGUGGAGCUGCGUGGCGACAUCACACAGGCCGAGAUCGAGAAGAACUUCUCCCGGUUCGGCGUGGUCGACAAUGUGGUAAUCAAGAAGCUCGAACGCGGGCUGCGCGUUGCCUGUGUCGAUUUCAAGAACCCGCGCGUCGCCAUCAACGCCAAGUCCGCCAUGCAGGAACAGGGCAAAUAUGGCACCAUCACAUUCUGGGAGGGCGAGCACAGCAGACAUCUGUGGGUGGGCAACUUGGACCAGGGUGUCCACAAGCGGAAGCUGUGGGACGAGUUCUCGCGCGUGGGCAAGGUCGAAUCGGUCUCCCGCUUCCCGUCUCACGCCUUCGUCGACUUUGUUUCGGUCAGGUCCGCGGAGAAGGCCCACAAGUACCUCCAGUGCGUCACGCUGGACUACGCUCGCUCCGACAGCGUCAAGGAAAGGCAGCGAAAGGAAAAUACCAAGGCAACUGGCCGCCAAGAUCGGCGCCGGAGAGAGUGCGAGGCUAACUCGAACAAUGCGCAGGACGUGUACAUUGAGGGCUUUGCUCCGGAUUACGCAUUUGACUAUCGCUGCGAGGGCGAACUCCGCGAAGAGCUCGAUCGCAUCGGACCCAUCCGGGAGAUCAAGUUCUACCCCAAACGCAACUUUGCGCACAUCAUCUUCCUCGACCCGGUGGGGGAACACCACCUGCAGAUUCUCAAGCGAGGCCGCACGAGGAGCGCAAUCGCCGAAGUCGAAGUCGCAGCCGUAGUCGCAGCCGGGGUAGGAGCCGGAGUAAAAGCCGCAGCCGCAGCCGCAGUCGCAGCCACAGCCGCAGCCCGAGCAGGAGCCUCCGAGCAGAAGUCGCAGCAGGAGUCCCGACUCGCCGCGCAGCCGCAGUCCGAGUCGGUCACGCAGCCGCUCACGUCCGCGGGGAAGAAGCUUCAGGAGCCCCGCUCGCCCACUCCCCCCGCCCGGGAUGGAGACAACCGGAGCCCUUCUCCUCGCCGACGCUCUGGGUCCCGGUCGCGGACGUCUUCACCCAACCGGAGCGCCGAUGACUCCAGGAAGGGAUCAAGGGAGCAUAUCGACGUCGAUAGUAUGCUGGCCGAGGACACCACCCAGACAGCACCGCCGGCGUCGUCGUACGACGGCAGCCAAGCUCCGUUGCCUGUGCCGGAAACGCACACAGCGCUGGAAUCGCUCGCUCAGCACAACACCGCUGGCGGCAGCGGCAACGUGCGCAACAACAACAACAACAACAACAACAACAACAACAACAACAACAACGGCCACAGCACGCAGAAGACGCCGUCUUCGAGUAUGACCAUCGUCAAGCCCGCCAUCAUCACCAGGAGCUCCGCCGCAGCCUCGGCCGAGACCUACCAGAUGGACCAGCAGGCCGCCUACAAUCAGUUCGCGGCAGGCCAUCCGUACGGAUCGACCGCCUACGCGGAGCACCACCAGCUCCCCUACUACGGCUACGGCUACGGCCACGCCCAGCCACAGCAGUACCCCGGCCAGCCGCAGCAUCACUACGCCAUGACCGCCUACGACUACCAGGCCGCCCCGUCCUACAUGGCGGCCGCCGCCUCCCAGCAGCAAGAUUCCAGGCUCGCCGCCGCCGCCGGUGGUGGGAGUGCCUACUACGCCGUGCCCACGACGCCGAUGGGGCCUGCCGCGGCUGCGUCAACGGAGACGUCGCCGGCGUCCGCUCAGGUGGUGGAAGCGGCCUCAGCGCAGGAGACGGCAGCGGAGGCCAUUGCGGUCGACGGGGCCAGGGGGGCUAUACCUACGGAGGAGGGCGGCGCCAACAAGCGGGAGGAGGUGGACGAGGAGGACGAGGAGCCGGUGAUCGAGCCGCUGGACGACAUCGAGCCCGAGCCCGUGUGGCGCGGCUCCCUCAUCGGCAUUGGUGCGCCGUGCCCCGUGGAGGCCUUCUACCUGGCCGGCACCACCGUCUAUCCUCUGGAGUUGCCUGAUGAGCUGCCAGUGACCGAGCGCACGGGUCUGGCCAACGUGGUGCGCUUCAUGCCCGCCGUGCGCACCACGUUCCUGCUGGUACGCGCCUCGCCCGAGAGCCCCGAUUCUCAGGCCCAGUACGAGGUCAUCUACAACUACUUCCUCCAGCGAGACCGCGCGGGCGUGGUGCGACGCGUGGCUGGCCUGGCGCCCGGGUACAUGGUCUACAUCGUGCCGACGGGACCCAACGGCGACAAGCUCCCGCACGAGUCGCUGCCGGCCGGCUUCUCGGACCACCUCCUGCUGGCCGUCAUUGCCCCCAAGAACGCCGUCCCAGCCCCCAGCAGCUCGUCGGCCUAA